GCGAGGUCGGCUGGGCUCUCGCUGCGCGGAGGUGCCGUGCGGAGCCCGGAACUGCGCGCGCGCGCUCUGCGUGCGACUCUGGGACAGCAGGGCGCACGGGGCCCUGCGAGCGGUGCGGGCGUGAGCGCGCCGUCCGGCCCGGGGGCUGCAGCUGGGCGCUCCGAGCCGAGAGGAGGAUGCCUUCGGGCGCACAGCUCAGGCUGCGAGGCUGAGCGCCUGCCUUGCAGCGGCGGCGGCGGCGGCGCUGCCCUCGGCGUGCAGCGGCGGCGGCGGCACUUGGCGUGCUCUAGGGCUCGGGAGCCGGCCCGGAGCGCGGCCGGAGGACGGAGAGUGCCCGCUGAGCACCCCUGGCCUGGAUCCGUGGGGUUCGCAGCGAGCACGGGCCGGUCGGCCCGGAUGGGCACGGGGCUCGCGGCCCCCUCCUGGCUCUGCGGAGCGGCCCGGGCACCGGGGACCCGCUGAGCGCCGGAGCCGCAGCCGCGGAGCCAACUUGUGCCGGCGGCCAUGCCCCGGCGCGGAGCCUAGAGCCCAGCGGAGCCCCCCGGGCCCUCGCAGCCCCCGCGCCGGGAGUUCGCAGCGCGCUCCAGACAAGAUGGCGCGGCCGGUCCGGGGCGCACUCGGGGCCCCGCGCCGCUCGCCUUGCCUUCUCCUGGGGCUGCUGCUGCUGCUGCUUCUGCCGGAGCCGGCCACGGCCACGGCCACGGCCGGCCCGCGAUCGCCCUGCCCGGCCGCCUGCACUUGCCUUGGGGACUCGCUGGACUGCGGCGGGCGCGGGUUAGCGGCGCUGCCCGGAGACCUGCCCGCCUGGACGCGGAGCCUAAACCUGAGUUACAACAGACUUUCUGAGAUUGACCCUGCUGGUUUUGAGGACUUGCCAAAUCUACAGGAAGUGUACCUCAAUAACAAUGAGUUGACAGCCAUACCAUCCCUGGGUGCUGCUUCAUCUCACAUUGUCUCUCUCUUUCUGCAACACAAUAAGAUUCGCAGUGUGGAGGGGAGUCAGCUGAAGGCUUACCUCUCCUUGGAAGUGCUGGAUCUGAGUGCCAACAAUAUCACGGAGAUCCGGAGCGCCUGCUUCCCCCUCGGGCUGCCCAUCAAGGAGCUCAACCUGGCCAGCAACCGGAUCGGCACCCUGGAGUCGGGAGCAUUUGAUGGUCUGUCACGGUCGCUGCUAACGCUUCGCCUGAGCAAAAACAGGAUCACCCAGCUUCCUGUGAAAGCAUUCAAGUUACCCAGGCUGACACAACUGGACCUCAAUCGGAAUCGGAUUCGGCUGAUCGAGGGCCUGACGUUCCAGGGGCUCGACAGUUUGGAGGUGCUGAAGCUUCAGCGAAACAACAUCAGCAAGCUGACGGACGGGGCUUUCUGGGGGCUGUCCAAGAUGCAUGUGCUGCACCUGGAGUACAACAGCCUGGUGGAAGUGAACAGCGGCUCGCUCUAUGGGCUCACGGCCCUGCACCAGCUCCACCUCAGCAACAACUCCAUCUCUCGCAUUAACCGCGACGGCUGGAGCUUCUGCCAGAAGCUGCACGAGUUGAUUCUGUCCUUCAACAAUCUCACCCGGCUGGAUGAGGAGAGCCUGGCCGACCUGAGUAGCUUGAGCAUCCUGCGCCUCAGCCACAAUUCCAUCAGCCACAUCGCAGAAGGCGCCUUCAAGGGACUCAAAAACCUGCGCGUCUUGGAUCUGGACCAUAACGACAUUUCGGGCACCAUAGAGGACACCACUGGUGCUUUCACAGGGCUUGACAGCCUCAGCAAGCUAACUCUGUUUGGAAACAAGAUCAAGUCCGUGGCUAAGAGAGCAUUCUCAGGGCUGGAAGGCCUGGAGCACCUGAAUCUUGGUGAGAAUGCAAUUAGAUCUGUCCAGUUUGAUGCCUUUGUGAAGAUGAAGAAUCUUAAAGAGCUCCAUAUCAGCAGUGACAGCUUCCUGUGCGACUGCCAGCUGAAGUGGCUGCCCCCAUGGUUACUGAGCAGGAUGCUGCAGACCUUUGUGACAGCCACCUGUGCCCACCCAGAAUCACUGAAGGGCCAGAGCAUCUUCUCUGUGCCGCCAGAGAGUUUCGUGUGUGAUGACUUACCAAAGCCACAGAUCAUCACCCAGCCAGAGACGACCAUAGCUGUGGUGGGAAAGGACAUCCGGUUCACGUGCUCAGCCGCCAGCAGCAGCAGCUCCCCUAUGACCUUUGCCUGGAAGAAGGACAAUGAGGUCCUGGCCAAUGCUGACAUGGAGAAUUUCGCCCAUGUCCGUGCACAGGAUGGGGAGGUGAUGGAAUACACCACCAUUCUGCACCUCCGUCGUGUCACUUUCGGGCAUGAGGGCCGCUACCAAUGUGUCAUCACCAACCACUUUGGCUCCACCUACUCACACAAGGCCAGGCUCACUGUGAAUGUGUUGCCAUCAUUCACCAAAAUGCCCCAUGACAUCGCCAUCCGAACUGGCACCAUGGCCCGCCUCGAAUGUGCUGCCACUGGCCACCCUAACCCCCAGAUUGCCUGGCAGAAGGAUGGAGGCACAGAUUUCCCUGCUGCUCGUGAGCGACGCAUGCAUGUCAUGCCAGACGACGAUGUGUUUUUCAUCACUGAUGUGAAAAUAGAUGACAUGGGGGUUUAUAGCUGUACCGCCCAGAACUUGGCCGGCUCCAUUUCAGCUAACGCCACCCUGACUGUCUUAGAAACCCCGUCCUUGGUGGUUCCCUUGGAAGACCGUGUGGUAUCUGUGGGAGAAACGGUGGCUCUCCAGUGCAAAGCGACCGGGAGCCCCCCACCCCGCAUCACCUGGCUCAAGGGGGACCACCCUCUGAGUCUCACGGAGCGGCACCACUUUACCCCCGGCAACCAGCUGCUCGUUGUUCAGAACGUGGUGGCAGAGGAUGCAGGGCGAUAUACUUGCGAGAUGUCCAACGCCCUGGGCACAGAGCGAGCUCACAGCCAGCUGAGCAUCUUGCCUACCCCUGGCUGCAGGAAGGACGGGACCACCGUGGGCAUCUUCACCAUCGCCGUGGUGUGCAGUAUUGUCCUGACGUCCCUGGUGUGGGUGUGCAUCAUCUACCAGACCAGGAAGAAGAGUGAGGAGUACAGUGUCACUAACACAGAUGAAACCAUCGUGCCACCGGAUGUUCCGAGCUACCUUUCUUCUCAGGGGACCCUUUCUGACCGACAGGAAACUGUGGUCAGGACUGAGGGUGGCCAUCAGGCCAAUGGGCACAUUGAGAGCAAUGGUAUUUGCCCGAGAGAUGCCAGCCUCUUUCCAGAGGUGGAUGCUCAUGGCAUUACGUGUAGGCCGCCAAAGCUCUGUGUCGGCUAUAAUAAGGAGCCAUGGAAAGUGAUGGAGAAAGCCGAUGGGAUGCGUGGUCCACAGAAGAUGGAGCCCAGUGGCCCGGCUGUAUGCGGUGACUGCAACACUGAGAUGGACAGUUACUCCAAGGAACAAGCCUUCUGUCCUCAGCCUGUGUCCAGAGACAGUACACAGCCAGGUACACUAAGCAGCCAGGAGCCCAGUCGGAGUGAGCGAGAACAUUCUCCACAUCAGCUGAACAGUGGGACCAUUGAUGGGUCCCACACCAACUGCAGGGGGUCCCUCUACCCCAGUAACCACGAUAGAAUGCUGACAUCCUUGAAGAAAAAGCCAGGGGCACCUCUAGAUGGGCAAGGGGCCUCCUCUUGGACUUUAUCAAGGCUGUGUGAGCCAGACACCAUAGACCUCCAGCCUUCCUCUACGUUAACUCCAGGCAGUCCUGAGCUCACAGAAGCCUCCUCAGCCUUUCCUCCUGUCCCCAGUGAGAGCCAGCACUUGCUUCUUUCCAACGGACACUUCCCCAAAGCAUGUGACUCCAGUCCUGAGUCCACACCACUGACAGGACAGCUCCCCGGGAAACGGAGCGUGCCACUGCUGUUUGCACCGAAAAUCUAGGCUUUGUCUACCUCAGCUCUUGUCGUGUCAAUCUCUACAGGAAAGAGAGGUAGGAGAGGCUGUGAGGAAGCUUGGGUUCAAGCGUCACUGAUUUGUACAUAGUUUUAACUUCCAUGUGGAGUACCAGUAGUUUAAAGGACUUACAGCUGAAGCACAGAAAUGCAAGAGGCUAUUGUGUACAAAAGGCAGAAAAGUAUUUGAUACCAUUGUACAUAAGAGUUUUCAGAGAUUGCAUAUAUAUUAUUAUAUAUCUUUUACAGAGGCUAUUUUAAUCUUUAGUGCAUGGUUAACAGAAAAAAUCGUACAGUUUUGACAAUAUUAUUUUUCAUAUCAGGUUGCUGUUUAAUUUUGGAAGGGGGGAUAGUUCUGGUGCCUUAAUGCAUGGAUGGAAUUUACAGAAGCUGAAACCACAUUUGUUCCUAGGAGUUUCUGGGGGGUGGGAAGGAUGGAAAGUCCUUGGAUUUGUAUUGCACUUGGUAGGACAGACCCCUUGGAUGCUUUACAGUCAGAGAUGGCGUUGGCAUUGGAAGUAACUCACGUCAGUACUGCUUGUGUGUGGAUGCUCUUGCAGCGAACCUCCCUGUGGAGCCUAGAGGUGCACGUCAGGCACCUCUGCAGUGAAGGACUUUUUCUCGUCGGUGUAAGUGCUUUCUUUAACAAGCAGAAUGCGCGUUGUUAAUCCACCGUAAGCAGUUGGUCCGAACAAUUAAGCACUGCCUUUCUUCCUUCUAUGAUUCAUGUAUCAUUCGAGAGUCACUUGAGGCUUUUUAAUAAGAUACAGGCUGCUGGUGUUGGUACCUGUGGAUUUUUCAAUAGUGAUGUUUUAGUUCUGCCAAUAUUACUAAUAUUACAUUGGCCUUGGAGGAGAAAAAGGAUCGAGUCCUUGCUUUUCAGGGCUAGCUUAUCUCUACUGAGGAUCCGGAGCAGGCCUGUCCAUGUCCUUCCCUGGCAGAGGGACCCAGGCUUGGACUGUACAAGAUUUCUUAGCCCUUGACCUGGGUUCUGGGUAUAUUUGCACUUUUGAGACCUGCAGCUAACCAUCUUGUGAGUGCCAAUGUGUAUUUCAGGAAAAAUUACAUUGAAACAAAUAAGGUCCUUAAAAUCUCAGAAAGCAAGUUCCUUUAGCUAAAAAGCUGAAGGUGAGUAUUGACAAAAUGGUUACCUAUGUUAAAUUUUACUGUCAAAUCUCAUCACUGUUCUGAAAGGUAAGCACAUUAUUUAGAAUUUUGUCCUCAACAGUUAACUGAUUGUUACUUCCACAAAAUAUGUGAAUUUGCUGCUUCUGAGAGGCAAUGUGAAAGAGGAAGUAUUACUUUUAUGUACAAAGUUAUUUAUUUAUAGAAACUUUGGUACAAUGUACAUUGAAAAACAUGUAAAAUAUUGAAGUGUCUAACAAAUGGCAUUGAAGUGUCUUUAAUAAAGGUUCAUUUAUAAAAUGUUAA